CUUGUCAUUUAUAUUUCUGUGUUUACAACUUAUCAAAAUACAUGUAUUAAUAAUGGGCUUUGGAGAAAGCCCAUCCACGAUCCAAACAUCUCCACCUACCACAACCAAACACAACAAAUCUGUCUCCCUCUUCUCCGGCACAGUUACGCGGCGGCACACUCAAUCCACCGGCCGCGCAGGAGGACUCGGCGGCGGCGGAGAGGUGAACAGGAACGCAGAAGGAGGCGGCGGAGAGGUAAACCGGAACACCCACGGAGGCGGCGGAGAGGUGAACCGGAAGACCCAUGGAGGCGGCGGAGAGGUGAACCGGAAGGCCCAUGGGGGCGGCGGAGAUGUGUGCGAAGGCUUCAGCUCCGGCGACGGUUCAGAUCCAUGGUCAAAGGAUGAGGUGGCAAUAGCCGAAUCAGAGAAAAGAGUGCAUACCUUCUAUGUACAUCUUCAGAGCUUCCAUCAACGAUAGAUUUUUUCUUUCUUCUUUCCGUCGAGAUUUUCUUCUUUCCAUCGUCGAAUAGACUUUCUGUCGACCUCGUUCCACGUUUCCGAUGCUGUGCAGUGUGCUUCCGUCAACGAGGUAUUUAUUCCUUCAAUUUUCGUCGCCGAAUAAACUUUCCGUCGACGUCUUUAAACGUUUCCGACGCCUUCAGCGCGUUCCUCGUCUCCUGUUCCCUUCUGUUUUUACCAUUGAUACUUAUUAGU